AGAAUACGUCAGAACAGCAACUAUACUAUAUUGCUGCUGCUAAAGUGCUGGCUGCUGCAUGAUUUCAGCAGACAGCUUUCAAUAGUUUUAGUAUCGUGGCAACUUGUGGUAGCUACUGACAACUUUGCUGUGUGACCAAGUACGUGUGACAAAUACAUAGUGUCGCGUAGAAACAAAAGCAGAAUGUUUUCGCGCGCUAUGUUUAAUUUUUUUUCUGGGGCGUUGUUAAUAAUUGCCCUUAUUCCGGAUGCGGCAUCUUAUAACAAAUAUGGAAGAACUUGUAAGGACAUUGGCUGCCGUACUGAUGAAACAUGUGUAAUGGCCGAGGAUCCUUGUACCGGCUAUACAGAUAAAUGCGGACGAUAUCCGACUUGCCGGAGGACAAGUGAUGUAAGUUGUACUAGUAUGGUUUGCGGAGAGAAUGAAUACUGUAAGAGCGAAAAUGGUGCGCCGAGAUGUGUAAGAAAGCCUACAGGAUUAGCAUUACCUGUGGGACUAAACCAAGUGUCGCAUCGAUCGACAACAAGAACGCCAUUGCCGCCGCCUAGAUCUUCAUCGUAUGGAGGAAGAUUUAGUGGUCACUCCGGUUCCAGAAAUACCGUAGGUGAUGGCUCCAUUUUCAAUCGUUUAUUCGGCAACGACCGUCAUCCUCGACCGACCAGCUCUGUCAGAAGCACUACGCAAACAAAUGGAAACUAUUACAAUACUCACACUCACGUGGAUAAUUAUGGAAACAGAAUUUGGACAUUUUCUGAGAAUGAAAUGAGGACACGAACAAUUCCAAAACGACAAACUAGUUAUCCAACAGCAACCGAAACACACGGCUCUUCAGAUACUCCUAAAAAUUCAGACGACCAAUCGUAUCCUGCUAGAUCUUCUGGUUACCCAUCCAGUUCAGGAUAUCCUGGUAGCAGUUAUCCAAAUUCCGGAUCUUUGAGAACUUCUGAUUCAUCAAAUCAACCGCGAUCUGGUUAUCCAUCCAGUCAAUCAUCCGGUUAUCCAAACAGCGGUUCUGGUUAUCCAUCCAGCGGAUCGUCCGGUUAUCCGACAGGUGGAUCAUCCGGUUAUCCGACCGGUGGAUCAUCCAGUUAUCCGACUAGUGGAUCAUCCGGUUAUCCGUCCAGUGGAUCAUCCGGUUAUCCGUCCAGUGGAUCAUCCGGUUAUCCAUCUAGCCGGUCUAACGGAUCACCCAGCCAUUCUAACAGUGGAUUAUCCGGAUCUCCGUCCAGUCAGUUUGGUUAUCCGUCCAGUGGAUCCUCUGGCUAUCCUUCGAGUGGCUCAUCCAAUUAUCCAUCUAGAGAUAGUUCCGGUUAUCCAACAGGAUCUGCAUAUCCAAGUAGAAAUAGCGGUUCUUCAGGAUAUCCAGAUAAUUCUAGAAAUUUUAAUAGCGAGGAGACUGUUAGACGAACUGGCGCUAGCGCUGUAAAUGCUGGCUAUCCGAGCAAUCUACGCACAUCCAUAUAUCCAGAAGGAAAUCCGCCAUACCGUGGUAACUAUCCGACUCAAAAUGCAGGAUAUCCGUACAAUAACCAACGUUCUCCAUAUCCUAAUCAAGGAUAUUCAAAUGGGUAUCCACAAAAUUAUCCGCAAGCAGGAUAUUACCCCGAAGGACAUUAUCAAGGUCAGAAUUAUAUGACUACUACCAACCGUCCUGGUAUUCGAGAUCAAUUGACAAAUUUUGCCCGAAAUAUGGCAGAAAAGGUGCUGACGCAAACGAUACUAGAUCGCAUCACAGGCAGACAUCAAUAAAA